AUGAAUAUUCUGGAGCUACCGAAUGAAAUACUGAUUAAAGUGGCAUCCAUGCUGCCUUUGCGUGAUCUUAAAUCACUCAGCUUGACUUGUCAUCGUUUCAGUGAGGUUGCAAUUGCCUCUGUUAUGGUAAAGAAGGGUGUACUAUGGUUAAACAAGAUCGAUGAGAUUCCAGUACCGUAUGGCAAUAAGACAAUCAGGAAGCGGUUUAUUGCGGUAGAGACACUGAAGUCGAGCAGCCGUAACUAUCAUGCGAUCGGGAUUGCUCUGCCGGUGGUACUGUCGAAAUACGAGUUAACAAUGCUGCAGGCACGGCUGAACGCGCUGUUGCUGGAAAAGACAGCAGUGCGCGAGCUGCAUGUCAUCGACAGCAACAACCUGCAGAUAAUAACGCUUUGGGAGCAUUUCCCAAUACUGUUCCAAACCCUCGACAGCCUCAAGGUGACGGUGAGCGAUACGCCGAUUAGGAACGAGGUAGAGGUGGACUGGGAAAUGCCAAACCUGCAACGGAUCCAAUGGAACGAGCAAAAGUUUCCCAGCGGUGUGCGUUACGGCCAGCGACUACGCAUCAACUUGUACGCGCCGAAGCUGCAGAAAGCUAUAUAUGAGGUGCCGAAAGAGUUGUACUCGCAAAACUACGACUUUCACAGCAUGCUGGUGCUGAAAACGGUCAGCCAACUGCGGGAGCUGCAAUGCGUGCUGGGCUACCAGGCGGUCGAGUUGCUCAGCGAAAACCGGCUGCCCGCACUGAAACGCUUGUGCCUGAUUAAGGAGGAAUGCAGGGGCGAAAUUAACUGGGACAUCAUCGCCGGCAACGCACCGGACUUGCAGCAUCUGGAAGUGAGGCGCGACCCAACCAUGCCGACGGGAGCAUCGCUGUUGUCCCCGUUCCUGGUGUACUGCUCCAUGCUCACCGUGCUCCACCUGGAAGGCUUGAACAUCUCGGAUAUGUUCGAAGCAUCCUUCCUGUGGAGCGGCAUCGAAACGCUCCACCUGCACGAAUGCUUGAUGUACUCGACGCCCGACAAAAAGUUGGAGGUUACCCUGCCCAACUUGCGUACACUCUGCAUCAGCAUAUACUUUAUCCGCAAUGGUAAUUUGGUGCUCAAUCUGCCGGCGGUCGAAACACUUUCGCUUUCCAAGGCGAACGGAACGCUGGACAUUUUGGAAAUGCCCAAGCUCAAAACAUUACACAUGCGCAUACCGUUCCAACGUCCGAUGACGUUCAUGAAGUCUCGGAUGUCCCAUUUGCGCAACGUAAUAUUGGACACGCCCGUGACGUUCUUGCCAGCAACGGAGCAAAACUACCGUACACUGUUGAGCCCGAUAGGCAAGCUGUCCAACGUGACGGUGAUUUGUCGCAGCGGGCGCGCUAUCAAUAAUCUGCUCGUAAACAUCAACCGGGAGCAGCCAGCGCUCAAGUCACUGAGCAUCAUCGGAACCGGUGUAAUGUCAAAAAUUGACAGAAAUACCCUACGCACGAUACUGAAGUUGUCGCGUCUCGAGAACCUACUGAUGACAAACAUUCAAGUGUCCGGUUCGAUUCCGCACCCAAUUCCAUUGCCUCCGCAAAUGCGGCAGCUGAGAAUUCGUUCGUUCUGCAUGCCUAUUAAGUCACGCUUCAUAUCGAUGAAACGUUCCCAGCGCCGAAUGGGCACCAUCGUGGAGCGCCGAGUGCUUCAUCAUAAUUUUUUCAGCAUCAACUGUUCCCAGAUUCCAAAAUUUGACGACGUGCAGGGCUCGAUUGAUGUGUGUUUGGACCAGCUAACUGAUCUGUACUUCAGCUCGUAA